AUGGUGCCGGGAUUUCUUGCUCGUCACCCACCUCCGCCCGUCUCCGCAUCAACCUCCAGCCCCACCGCAUACUACUCGUAUGAAGGGCCUGCUCUUGCUCCAGCGCAGACCAUCAAACCCGCCUCAGAAACUUCAAAGGACUUCUUCCGCAAUAUGCGAGACCUCCAGAAUAGUAUGGCAGAUUUUGCGAACCUGCACGAUGCCACCGUGUCGUUGUUAUCUCCGGCUACGAAUUUUUCUAACGAAAUAUUAUCAUCCACGCUUUUUCUUAUACUCACCGUUCUAUCUGCUAUUUUGUUUCUAACCGUUCAUCUUAUCCCAUGGCGCACGUUGUGCCUGAUUGGUGGGAACGCCGCUAUUCUCGGAAGCAAUCCUAGUGUUGCAGCUUUUAUGCAACAAAUAAGGAGUCAAAUGAAAGAAGCAGCCACUGAAUUCCAGAAUACGACCGAUGAUGACUUCUACAUCAUUUUGGGAAUCCCGAUUCCAUCAUCACCAUCAGCACUCCUUACAUUUCUUAAAUCCGCUGCUGCAAUUUCCCUUGAUACGUACCCUGAGGAGCGAGAAGUGGAAAUUUUUGAGCUCCAGCACAAAUCGCUGUCGCCAUACUCAGCAGCUUCUGAAUGGGCAUCGUUCGUUUUCACCCCCACGCCCUAUGAUCCGUUAUCUCCAUCUCGUAUCGCAGGCGAUCGACCAAGGGGUACUCGAUUUUUCGAGGAUGUCAAGCCCCCGCCAGGCUGGAAGUGGAAGGGCAAGAAGUGGCAGCUAGACCUCGAAUGUCGCGAGUGGGUGAUAGAGCGGAUGAUUACGGGUGUCGGAUUUGAGGUUCCGGGCUACUCCAGCGGCGAUGCAGUAUCCGAAGAAGUGGGAGGCUGGGUCUGGGAUUUACCAUUCCAUCCUCCUGAUGAGGAUGCAUAUAACGAUGAUGUCUUGGUGUAUGGGGACAAUCGUGAAACAAAGGGAAAAGCCAAGGCUGAACAGGAAGAAUCCAAAGGGAAGUUAGCUAAGGGGAACAUUGAAGAGAGCCUCACAAAGAUUGAGGUAUACGAAUUGCACCUGAUGAUGUCACGUUUACGAAUCAACUGA